AUGAAAGUUGUUUUUGUUUUCCCUGGACUUAAUGAUGCUACCUACUUGGCUGGAUUGCAGGAGCCAGAGAAACAUGUAUUCCAUCUUGUUACUGAUAAAUUAAACUUUGGAGCUAUGAGUAUGUGGUUUAUGUUGAAUCCUCCUGGAAAAGCCACCAUCAAUGUGGAGAACGUUGAUGAAUUUAAGUGGCUUAACUCAUCCUACUGUCCGGUGCUGCGGCAAUUAGAGUCCGCUGCCAUGAAGGAGUACUAUUUCAAAGCAGAUCAUGCCACCACUGCAGGCUCUUCUAAUCUGAAGUACAGGAACCCAAAAUAUCUUUCGAUGCUUAACCACCUCAGGUUUUAUCUUCCACAGGUUUAUCCAAAGUUGGAUAAGAUCCUGUUUCUUGAUGAUGACAUAGUUGUGCAGAAAGACUUGACUGGAUUAUGGUCAGUGGAUCUCCAUGGAAAAGUGAAUGGGGCAGUGGAAACCUGUGGCGAGAGUUUUCACCGGUUUGACAAGUAUUUAAAUUUCUCGAAUCCUCACAUUUCAAAGAACUUUGAUCCGAAUGCAUGUGGGUGGGCAUAUGGGAUGAACAUGUUUGAUCUUAAGGAGUGGAAAAGGAAGGAUAUAACUGGCAUAUACCACAAGUGGCAGAAUAUGUGGGUUGAUGAGCCAGGCUGCCUUCGGAUGUUGCAGGCUCUUGACCAAGGUGGGCUAGAAAAAGGUCUACAUCCCUACCCUUUGGUCAAUACCAUGGCUCUUUGGGCUUCUUGGGUGAGCCAUGAGUUAUUUGGCGAGUCAAAAUUGAGGAAAACUCUACGGUACUGGAAAAAAAAAUAG